CAUAAGACGCACCUAGGUUUUAGAGGCAGGAAAACAGGAAAAAAAAAAAUUCUGAAACUAAUGGACUGCAGACAUAGUACAGGAGAUGACCAGAGACUGCAGACACAGUACAGGGGAUGACCAGAGACUGCGGACACAGUACAGGAGAUGACCAGAGACUGCGGACACAGUACAGGAGAUGACCAGAGACUGCAGACACAGUACAGGGGAUGACCAGAGACUGCGGACAUAGUACAGGAGAUGACCAGAGACUGCGGACACAGUACAGGG